GUCCGUUCUUCCCUCAUGGCUAGCAAGGAACCUAUUCCGUCGCCCGCUCAAGGCGUUGGCCCUCUCUAUCGACCAGACGGUGAGAAGCCCACAGCAACCGUCUCUAAAGAAGUCUCGUAUGAGAAUGUUCAUGUGCUGUCCCAAACACCCCAAUUGAUCGCUCUACUGACGAUGAUUCGGGAUAAACGGACUAGCCGGGCAGAUUUCAUUUUCUACUCCAACCGCAUCAUUCGGCUGCUGGUUGAAGAAGGUCUGAACCACUUGCCCGUAGUGGAGCAAUCAGUAACCACUCCAGUCGGACGGGCCUACCUGGGGGUGAAGUUCGAGGGGAAGAUAUGCGGCGUGUCGAUCAUGAGAGCUGGAGAGGCCAUGGAGCAAGGGUUACGGGAUUGUUGCCGCUCUGUUCGUAUCGGCAAGAUUUUAAUCCAGAGAGAUGAAGAAACAUGCAUGCCGAAGCUCUUCUAUGAUAAGUUGCCAGCCGAUAUUGCAGAUCGAUGGGUCCUACUCCUGGAUCCUAUGUUUGCAACUGGAGGAUCCGCGACAUUGGCGGUAGAGGUCCUGAAGCAGAAAGGUGUCCCUGAGCACCGAAUCUUGUUCCUCAACUUGAUCGCAAGCCCUUCCGGUGUAGCGGAGUUUGCUGAGAGAUUCCCCAAACUUCGGGUUGUCACAGCCUUUAUCGAUCAAGGACUGGAUGAUAAAAAGUACAUCAUUCCUGGAUUGGGAGAUUUCGGUGACCGGUACUAUACACUGUAG